AUGGCUACUCAGCUUUAUCCCAUUCCCGAGCAAGAUGACGAAGAAUCAAGGACGUCAAUCCUCACGGUGUCAUACUCUUCUGACUAUGAAGUCCAAUCUCCAACAUCAUCUCCGAACACCUCUAAUGGAGAACUAAUUCCAAAUUCUCCAUCGUCUAGCUCGCUUAAUAGACACAAGGAAAUAUCUGAUCUCGAAUUCCUCUCCGGCGAUGUUGAAAUUGUUAACGGUGAAAUGGUUGGGGCAACCGAGGAAUCACUCGUGGCAAGGCUUAUAUCACUUAGAAACCCUGCCCUCACUGCAUCCUUUUUCUUGACUUUCAGGCUUUAUUGCUCUCCUUCGAACCUGGCCAAGCACAUAGACACCCAAUAUAAGCCACAACAAGGAAGAAACAAUAAUAUUCACCCAUUGGAAUCGAAAACAGAUUCCGGAGCUCAAUAUGCGACGUUGGAAUUCAUCUUUACCUGGCUGAAAGAAUUUUGGCUGCCUACCGUUGACGAUCCGGCAUUUCCGACCCUGACUGUGGUCACAUCUAAAUUUCUGAUAAAAGAGAUGUCACCAUACUUGAAGUCGGAACUCUUGUUUCCUGUUCUAAAUCUUCUUAAUUUGCGCAUACAAGGCGAACUGAAUGCACCGGGAACCAAAAUUCAACCCAGGCCACAUGUGCUAAAAUCAUUUACGGAUGACACUCCAAAACGAAGAAUAACGAGAGCACUGCUUACCUCUCUUCGCAAGAAGGACUUCGCAGGGCUGUUGUUCAUAAAUUUUGAUGCCCUUGAACUUGCGCGGCAGUUGACCUUGAUGGAAUCCGAACUGUACUGCGCCAUUUCUCAACAGGAGCUGUUGAAUUACUUUCCAGAGAAACCAGAUUCAUCUCCAAACAUUAAAGCGUUGGUGUGUUUAAGCGAUUCGGUCAGACAUUGGGUCUCCGAAAGCAUACUCCACGAGCUUAACAUUCAACGACGGGCAUGGCUAAUUGGAUUCUUCAUAGAAAUCGCAGACAAAUGCAUAAAACUUCACAAUUUUAAUACAUCACGCUCAAUUAUAUCUGCAUUGGACUCCCCUGUAAUAUCACGUCUUUAUCUCGCGCAGACGGCUUUACGGGAGCAUUCUAAAGAUCAAUUUAACAAGUUAAAGAAAUUUCCUAGCUUCAAGGAACUCUAUAACUUUGGACAAGACGCGCCAUCGGUUCCAUUUUUAGGUCUGUAUCUGUCAUCCGUUAUAUUUUACAGAGACUUGUACUCGAGUCAUCGACCACCCUUAUUUGAUUCGAGUGAGAAACUCAUUGAUUUAAACAAACACUCCAAGCUCGCGGAAAUCCUGGAAGACUUUCGACGCUUCCAGGUCCCUUACAACCUCAAACCGAUACCAGAGCUUCAAUUUUAUCUCAAAAACGUGGCAUUCAAAGUCGAUAAGCAUCUCGAAAAUAUUCAAAUACUUGGUGACAGAAUUAACAAACCUCACAAACCAUCCAUUCAAAUUACGACGUCACUACAAGACCGCAAACGUAAAUUGCUCGAGAAAUUGACGAUUCCUGUUGACAAUAGCCAAACGAAAGAUUCGAAAGAGGAAACCACCCCAACACAAGCCACAGGAUUCGAUAAACAUCAGUCUCUCAAUUCGAAUUAUUCAUCUUCAGUCGGAACUAUAUAUUCCAAUCCCCAUUCCAGUAUUGGGACACUGGAUUAUGGCGCUUAUUAUACUAGGCACGCAAUUUCCCAAGAUUCAUUGGCUUUGGCGGGAUGGCAAUGGAAAACUGCGGAGUUGGAAUCGGACAAUCCACUGUUUGAACUUUCGAAUGAUUAA